AGCCGUUCGGGAUCAAACGUCCUUCCGCUCGCCGUCCCGCGGCAACCAUGGGGUCGCAGGAGCCGUGCCGUCGGCUGGAGGCGGUGCUCGGUGCCCUGUACGACCUGGGUGAGGAGUCCGGUGUCCGGGAUGGUGCGAAGGACGGGGAGGUGAGCGCAGGGGCAGCAGCGGCAGAGGAGAAGAGCCGAGGGCCACAGCCGGCUGCGGGCAGUGGCGGCGGGGUGGCGGGCGGGCGGCGCGGGGCCCGAGACUUCUUCGGAGAGCUGCGGGCCGAGCUGGACGCUGCCCCUGCCCCUACCCCGCUGCCCUCAGCCACGCCGCCGGCCGUGGAGGUCGUCGUGUUCCGCGGGAGGAAGAGGAAAGGGCGGCCUAACCCCUCGGCAGCACCCACCGAGGGUGCCAAGACCAAAAUAGUGGAUGAAGGAAAAAAGGCAAAUGAACAAGAAUUUAACUUUGAAAAAGCUCGUUUGGAAGUGCACAAGUUUGGAAUCACUGGCUACAAGAAGCAGGAACAACGUAUAUGGGAACAGGAGCGUGCUAUCAUGCUGGGAGCCAAGCCCCCUAAAAAGGAACAUGUGAACUACAAGACAUACCAAGAGAAAAUGAAAGAGAAAAAAACAGUGAAGGAUGAUGAUAAAAGGAAGGAACAUAAAGGUGAUUCUCUUAAGAAGAAGAAGAAAGAACAGAAGGAGAGGAAAUUCAAAAGGAAGAAAUCAGUGCCUAGCAUUUGGCCUGCAGGACAAGUUGGAAAAUUCAGAGAUGGAACCUUGAUUCUACAAAGCAAUGACAUCAAGAAAAUUAAAUCAUCUAAAGUUAUCAAAUGAACUUGUGGUACAGUGAAACGGACAAUAUA